AAGGAUUUGGGGUAACAUAUUUGGAAAUUUCUCAUAAAAACUUUGAACGUACUUAUCGCUAGUGGGUGGCCUCCGCUCUUUCGUCUUCUUCUUCUUAUCUUUUACAUUUACACUCCUUCCUUAAACAAUUCUCCCAUUCCCACUCAAUUCAUAGUCAGCUACUUGCCAAAAAGUACUCUUUUUUUAUUACAAAAUCGUUGGUUCCUUUGGAUUGUAGCUGGCACUGGAUCCUAUGGUGUAAUAUAAUUGGUGGGUUCCUUUUAAAGUGUGGGAUUUCCAAAAGGGUUCUCUUUGUUUUGAAUUUUGAGGAAUUAAAGAUCUGGGUUUGAGGAGAUGGGUAGCUCUGAUGAGAAAGUUGUAGCUGUUAUUAUGGUUGGUGGACCCACUAAAGGAACUAGAUUCAGGCCACUGUCAUUGAAUGUGGCCAAGCCUCUGUUUCCUUUAGCAGGACAGCCAAUGGUUCAUCAUCCAAUUUCUGCUUGCAAAAGGAUUCCAAACCUAGCACAGAUUUACCUUGUUGGAUUCUACGAGGAGCGGGAAUUCACAUUGUAUGUUUCAGCAAUCUCCAAUGAGCUUAAAGUGCCUGUGAGAUAUUUGAGGGAAGAUAAGCCACAUGGUUCUGCUGGUGGUCUUUACAAUUUCAGAGAUAUAAUUAUGGAAGACAGUCCGUCUCAUAUCUUCUUGCUCAACUGUGACGUUUGCUGCAGUUUUCCACUCCCGGAAAUGCUUGAGGCUCAUAGAAGAUAUGGUGGGAUGGGAACUAUCCUAGUAAUCAAGGUUUCUGCGGAGUCAGCCAGCCAGUUUGGUGAAUUGGUAGCUGAUCCAGAAACUAAAGAAUUGUUGCAUUACACAGAGAAACCUGAAACUUUUGUAAGCGACUUGAUAAAUUGUGGUGUAUAUAUAUUCACACCAGAUAUAUUUACAGCCAUCGAAGGUGUUUCUUCUCAAAGGAAAGACAGAGCUAAUCUGAGACGUGUUUCCAGCUUUGAAGCUCUUCAGUUUGCGACAAGGAGUCUGCCCACAGAUUUCGUGAGAUUGGAUCAAGACAUCCUGUCUCCCCUAGCUGGGAAAAAACAAUUUUAUACUUAUGAAACCAUGGAUUUCUGGGAACAAAUUAAAACACCUGGAAUGUCACUGAAAUGCUCUGCUUUAUAUCUUGCCCAAUUUCGGCAUACCACCCCUCAUCUUUUGGCCAGUGGUGAUGGUUCAAAGAGUGCCACCAUCGUCGGUGAUGUGUACAUUCACCCAUCGGCAAAAGUACAUCCAACUGCUAAGAUUGGACCCAAUGUCUCAAUAUCUGCUAAUGCCCGUAUAGGACCAGGUGCAAGACUCAUCAGUUGUAUCAUCCUAGAUGAUGUUGAAGUUAGGGAUAAUGCAGUUGUUAUUCAUGCAAUUGUUGGGUGGAAGUCUUCUGUCGGAAGAUGGUCCCGAGUCCAGGCUGCUGGAGAUUUCAACUCCAAACUUGGCAUUACAAUCCUUGGUGAAUCCGUUGAUGUUGGGGAUGAAGUGGUGGUAGUGAACAGUAUUGUUCUUCCAAAUAAGACGCUCAAUGUUAGUGUUCAAGAGGAAAUAAUCUUAUAGUGGACCUGUGUUUAGUCCUAUCAUGCUAAUGUAUUCUUUACUUGUCUUGAUGUAGAAAAGCAGAUAUUUUUACUACUUAAUUCUCAUUUGUAAAUUAAUAUUCAGAAAUUCAAAUAAAAAAAUUCUUUGUUCUAAUCAA